AUAUCCGUCGCAUUCGUCCCUUUAUAUCUCUAUUCAGGCAUCUCUCCGUCACCAACACAUCUACAUCUCUCUUCUCUAGCGCAGUUUCUCGUUCUUUAUUUACGACGACCAUCUAGCAAGCAAGUAUCCUAGAGAUGGGUAGAAAAUCUUCAGAGAUCUCCAGCCAGGAUGUCUUCCCCCGGCACAGCAAUCGCACAUCUCUCAACUUCGCCGACGACACGCCAGUUUGUAACGAAUGGACAAUUUCUCUAUUAGAGAGUAGAGAUGUCACACACCAGGUUGGCCUAGCAGCUAUCAACAACAACACCGGCAGAAUCACUCUCACACAAGUUGAUUGAAUAUUCUACAACAGAACGCAUGCGCUAAUUACAAUUACGUAGAUUGCGGACUCUGUUACAUUCUUAAAGACGUUACACCAUGUUAGCUUGUGUAUGCUAUGUCAUCUGAUCGCUUCGCAAUUUUAUCAACUUACGCGAAAAAAGACACACCUUCUACAAUUUUAGUUUGCAGCACUUCAGUCGGCAAGAACCAGGUAGAACAAUCCUCAAAAAGUCUUCUCGUGUCUAGAUUACUCGAAUAUCACAAACCUGCAAACGUAAAAAGCAUCCAGAGAAAGCACUUUAAUGACAUCAAAGGUCUAGACAAUAUCGACAAUUUUAUAUUAAAAGACGUUACUAAAGAUGCCAAGAUGAUGGUCUUGCGAUCAAAAUACUAUGCUGUUGCCGCAGCAUCUGCUCUAUUCAGUUACCUCGACUCAGUCCAGACUACUGUAUUCGCACCUAACUCGCUUAGCAUCAGUUAUCAGGAGCAUAAAGGGACGAUGUUCAUCGAGUCGCAGACGGCUCAGGACUUGGAAUUGACUACCAGCGCGGUUGGCAAUGCCCAUGGAAUGUCUCUGCUGAGCCUGCUCGACAGCUGUCUCUCCCAAAUGGGUAGACGUCUAUUGAGAUCAUCAAUCCUUCAACCCCUUUCCGAUGCGAAAAUAAUCGAAAACCGACUCGAUGCCAUUCAAGAGCUACUGCUUAAUGCUGACAUUUUGAAUGCUAUUAGGUCAUCUUUCAAAUCACUUAAGGGUAUCGACCUUGAUAAACUUUUAAUGGCGAUCUCGAAAGAUGAGAACAAAAGCACAGCACAAGACCAUGAAGUAGAAAAGCGCAUAAGCCAGCUGCUCACUAUUCGCUCGGCUAUACACGCCAUUUCUAACAUUUAUUACGCACUUGACGGUGCUAAAUCAUCUUUGUUGACUACACUUCGCAAUGAUCUCCAUGAUGACGCUUUCAACUGCAUUAUUUCUGCAAUCGACGAAAACAUCGAACAGGACGUAACAUUGGGUAAAAGUGGCAGUUUGGCAGCAAGGAAUGCUAAAAUUUACGCAAUCAAAUCAAAGCAAUGCGAGCUGCUGGAUGUCGCUAGAGAAGCAUAUAGGGAAAAUCUCGAUGAUUUAUUCGCCCUGAGCACCAAAUACACUGAAACUUACGACUUGCCAAUCACAUGCACGUAUAUUAACAAUGCUUUCCAUUUAACACUUAAGAUAUCAGACCUUGGUAAUAGCGAUCUGCCAAAGGAGUUCAUAAAUGUCACAAAAUAUGGCUCGAAAGGAAAGAACAAGAACAAUUCAGAAAACAUGGCGGGAAGAUAUCGCUUCACUACUAUUGAUCUUCUUAAACGUAACUCAAGGAUCAAUGAUGCCCUGGCUGAAGUUUACCUACUGUCAAAACAAUGCGUGCUAGAUAUUAGGAUUGUUGUUAUAGGCUGUCUCUCACCGAUAUAUAGAGCCAGUGACGCUAUUGCCAUGCUCGACCUCAUUGUUUCUCUCACCAAUGCUGCCCUUAUUCAUGAUUACAUCAGACCAGAAUUUACUGACACUCUAGCACUCAAGUCUGCAAGACACCCUCUUCUUGAAAAUCUCAACUCAGAAACAAUUGUUUCGAAUGACGUCUUCAUGAGCGACUUUGCGCAUUUUCAGAUAAUCGAAGGUCCUAAUAUGUCAGGCAAAUCAUCAUUCCUGCGAAUGAUCGCACUCAUAGUGAUAAUGGCUGGUCUGGGGAGUUAUGUACCAGCUGAAUACGCAAGUAUCAAACUCAUGGACGGCGUACUUUCUCGUCAGACAAACAAUGAUGUACUAGAACAAAAUCUGUCGUCUUUCGCACAUGAAAUGGCAACAGUCUCGCUCAUACUUACUGCAUCUACGUCUAAUACUCUCGUAAUACUAGACGAGAUAGGAAGAGGCACGACACCAUCUGAAGGAUUUGGUUUGGCUUAUGCGAUAUCCGAAGAACUCAUCCGCCGUCGUCCGUUUGUCAUUUUCGCAACUCACUUUCGGCAGCUCUCGACGUAUUUGCAAUUCAAACCGGGCGUCGUCACGCUCCAUAUGUCAACUACAGUGGGAGGCAGUGAUGAAAUAUACUUCCAGUAUAAAGUCGCAGAAGGCAACUCAGUCGAACAGCAUUACGGUCUACAGAUGGCUAAAAGUGCAGGCCUCCCUGGGGAAGUACUUGACGAAGCCCAUGUCAUCGUCCGUGGAUUGUCAAGCGAAAAUGAACAUGGUUAUGAUUCUGUAAUCAACCAAGCUCGUAAAAUGGCUAUACGUAGACAGGCUGUUUUAUCCGUUACUUCAAAACUGCGCCAGAUUUGCAAAAACUGUACACUCAAUUAUCAAGAUCUAAUGAUAUAUUUGGCAAGAUUACAAAGCGAAUUGGUACUUUCCCUUGAGGGUACAGGUAUGGGUGACCCUGAGGUGGCUAGUAAUGUAAAUGAAAAAUUCUCCAUGGAAAGCAACAAGAGGUCUUCAGUGUCACCCACUACCUCGCCAAUGUUCAUAUCAGAAGACGAAGCAGAACAAUAUCAAAGCGAUUUGUCUCUUUAAGUGUGUUACAUGUAUGAUUAAAUAAAUACAUUGAUAUCUUUGUGAAGUAUCAUUGGGUUUCCUGAUGAUCUAAUCUUCGCAAUAACAAUUUG